AUGUAUAAAGUGAUAUGUCUUUUGUUACUCCUGCCAGGUUAUAUUUCCAUGCAGAACAUAACCCCAGAUGUAUCUCCUGGUAUUACAAAUGCUAAUGUUACAGCUACUACUGCUGCCACCAAAUUACUCUCAGAAGGGGGAAAAGAAACAAGGCCACAGAUUAAGCACAGUUUCUCAGAACCAGUGAUUAUAGUCAUUAUUUUGGUGGUGAUGGCUAGUAUCAUUGGAAUUAUCCUCUUAAUUGCCUUCCUUUAUGUCUGCCUCAGAAAGGAUGAAAAUUUCAUCAUAAUGGGUUCCAGUGACUCAACAACGGACGGAAUGUCUCUGCUCAUUGAUAUUUUAGGAUGA